AUGUAUGCCAUGCUGAUAAUAAUGGCGAUAACAACAACAACCAUGUUGAUAAUAACGGCAACGGCAACGGCAGCAGCAGCAGCAGCAACAACAACAAUAGCCAAGAAGAGGACAAUAAGCCUUUUGUCUACACUUCUGGCCCUACUGCCUCGCACCUUCGGGUGCCCACUCGUCUCUUUUUUGAAACUCAACAUCUUGUCGACAUCUCUGGAUAUCAUAAAUCACCAGGAGAUCUCUUUACAUGCAGUUCAAAAGCAUUGUUUGACGUUGUACCCACUCUGGAGCGCAGAUUCUAUUGGGAAGACAAUGUCUUUAAAAAGAACAAAAAAGGCAGCCCGAGAUCUCUCUGGAGCGAAAGCGCCCUUGUUUGCAUUACAAGUUAUUCCAAUUUCCUUCAAGCACAACCGAAAAAAGUAUUUGGUUUAUGUCCCAGAGCUGGAUGAUGCCAAGUUACGCCCUCAGCUAGAGCUCAAGACAAUUUCGUUUAUAUCUCAAGAUCUUAACGGGCGGCAAAACACUUUCAACCAGAAACAACAGAAACUUGCUUCCGACAGAGUAAACACCAUAUUCAAAACGUGUUAA